UCACGAAUUGUCAACUUUGAAAUUUCAAUACAUUUCUAUGAUCUGAUAGGAAAUUUUGGCAAAUUUGCUCUAGUUGUUUUUGCUUGAUGAGCCUGCCUGUGCCUUUUGGGUCUUGUGGACUGCAAUUGGUUUUGGAAAUUCAACAAAUUUUCUGGUGGAAGUUGGUUAUUAGAUAGAACAGAUAAUAUUUCAGUUAGUAUUAGAAAUUCGAGGUUAUUAAGGAUGUCUGGUAUUCUUAAAAUUUAUUCUCGGCGAAUACCUCAAUGUAUAAGAAUUUUGAAACAUUUAGAAGUGGGUGCAACUGAAACCCACCUCAAACAUGCAGGAGCUGUAAUUUCUAGGAAUGCGUCCACUUUAUCCAAUAAGAGCUCUGCUUUAAAUAUUAAGUCUAAAAGCAUCUGUUCUUGUACUGAAAGGUAUUUUAGAGCUUCUGCUACCCUUCUGGAUGUGAAGGUUGUUAAAGUACCUCCAUUUGCUGAUUCUGUUUCCGAAGGUGAUGUGAGGUGGGAAAAAAAGAAAGGUGACCAAGUUGCAGAAGAUGAAGUAGUUUUAGAAAUUGAAACUGAUAAAACAUCAGUACCUGUACCUGCCCCUGGUAGUGGAACAAUUGUUGACACUUUUGUUGAAAAUGGUGCCACUGUUAAGGCAGGUCAAGAACUCUUCAGUAUUGACAUUACUGGUCAGGCUCCUUCCAAAGCUGCUCCUCAACCAGCAGCUGCCACUCCACCACCAGCAGCUGCAGCACCUCCACCAGCACCUACAGGUCCCAAGGCUCCACCACCUCCUCCACCAGCUGCUCCUGCUGCAGCCGUACCUAGACCUCCACCUGCUGCUGCCCCUAAACCAGCUGCCCCUAUGACCUCCAUUCCAGUAGCUGCCAUCCGGCACGCUCAAGCGAUUGAAGCAGCUACCGUUAAGUUACCACCACAGGACCCUACCAAAGAGAUCACUGGCACAAGAACAGAACAAAGAAUCAAGAUGACUAGAAUGAGGUUGAAGAUUGCAGAAAGAUUGAAACAAGCACAAAACACAAAUGCCAUGUUGACUACCAUAAAUGAGAUUGACAUGUCUAAUAUCAUCGAUUUCCGUAAUACCAACAAAGAAGCUUUCCAAAAGAAGUAUGGCAUCAAAUUGGGCUUUAUGUCCUUCUUCCUUAAAGCAUCAGCCUAUGCUCUACAAGAUCAACCUGUUGUUAAUGCUGUUAUCGAUGGAACUGAUAUCAUAUACAGGGAUUACGUAGAUAUAUCUGUCGCUGUGGCUACUCCUAAAGGCUUGGUGGUUCCAAUUAUAAGAAACGUCGAAAGAAUGUCAUAUGCUGAUAUCGAAUUGAAUUUGAACGCACUUGGUGAAAAGGCUAGAAAAGGUAAUUUGGCUGUUGAAGACAUGGAUGGAGGAACCUUCACUGUUAGCAAUGGUGGAGUUUUUGGUUCUUUGAUGGGUACACCAAUCAUCAAUCCUCCACAGUCGGCUAUCUUAGGAAUGCACAAAACGCAAGAAAGACCAGUUGUAGUGAAAGGACAGAUAGUGGUUAGACCAAUGAUGUAUGUAGCAUUAACUUACGAUCAUCGACUUAUUGAUGGUCGUGAAGCUGUACUUUUCCUUCGUAAGAUCAAGGAUGCAGUGGAAGAUCCCCGUAUUAUUUUAGCUGGUCUCUAAAGGAAAAAGAUGAGUAAAUGUUGAGGAGCACACUGAAAAAAAAAUGCACUCAUUCAUCGACCUAGGGAAGAAUCUCUUCCAGUUCCAGGACCUCAUAGGAGCUCUCGGAUAAAAUUUUAUUUAUACUUUUCGAAAUUUAUUGGUCAUGUUUAUUUCAAUGCUCCACUCAACCAUUAAUUAAGAUUAUAUUAUGUAUUUUUGACUGCCUGAUGAUAACAUCAACUUAGUUAAGACUAAUGGGAAAAUUUUUGUUGAUACAAUUUUGGAUUGUGUGGGGGGAACUGUAUUUAUUCAUAAUUUUUUGAAAUUACCAUUUCAUGAUUAGAGCGAUUAUAUUGUUACCACAAUUGUUAUUUCGUGCUUUUUGUUAUCUCGCUUUGUACAUUUUACAAUAAUAACUGAGUCAUUGAAAUAAUACUCUUAAUUUUCGAUUUCUACACAUGUAGGUCAUCUGCUUCCUACAAGAGUUAAGUGGUUCUAUUGUAUUUUUUCCAAUUUUAAAAAUAAUUUUGGUUUUUAUUCCUUGGAGGACCCUGAAUGUACAUUUUCCCUAACUAUGGCAUGUAUAUUGUUUAUUGAAUAUUAUUUUACCAAAUUA